AUAGACAAUCUUCCAACGAGUCACAAUAUCUUCACAAAAAAGUAAAAAUGAAAUUGCAAGUGAUCCUUGUCCUGAUUUUGGUAGCGACAUUGUCCAAAGUAUCCAGCAAGUCAACUCACCAAACCUACUGCGGUCGAAGAUUGGCGAAUGCUUUGGCGAUGCUGUGUCCUGAUGAAGAUAUGGGGAAGAGGUCGUAUAACAGUAUACCGGACUACGAAGUGGACUACUGGCCUUGGCUGAGUAAAGCCAGGGCGCUGGAGGGGAUCCGGGGGAAGAGACAGGGGGGAGUGGCAUCAGAAUGCUGUGACAAACCAUGCUCGUUACCUGAACUGCUCAGUUAUUGUUAGUGACCUGGUUACCGGACUGAUUGUUUAAGUUGCUGAAUAAAUUGUUAUGGUUGCA